GCAGAGAGGGGGAGGAGAUGGGAGUGGCUAGAGGAAGGAGAAGCAGGGAAGACAGAGUGCCUCCUUCUACGUUGCCGGGGCAACUUGACAUCACGUGACGAAAACCGCCUCUAAAAGCUUUUAACCGGAUCCCUCUCCUGCCUUAGGCCCCAUUUUGAGUCCUCUUUCAGGCAGGCUAGGGGGGGAGUGACCCAGGCAGAACGGUGUGUGCCUGUUUCUAGAGCUUAUAUGAGUCAAGAGAGCACAGAAAGAAAGAAAAGAAGGCUUUCAAAUUCAUCAGCUAGAGAUUUCUCUUUUUGUGAACUCAGACAGCACAGGGGCUAAGAGAAGUGUUUCAAAAUGGCUUCAGACAACAGUUUCAGCUACCUAGUGGCGGGCCACAGCGAAAAGCACGGAAGGGCCCGAAACUGGACCGAUGUUGAAAUGAAGACCCUCCUUUUUGUGUGGGAAGAACACCACAGUGAGCUGAAACUCAGCAAGAGGAAUGCCAAAGUCUACGAGAAGAUGUCCCAGAGAUUUUUUGAGCUAACUGGAGAACAGCGCCACAAAGAGGAGAUCAAGACGAAAAUCACCAACAUGUCUUUCCAGUUCAGGAGAUUAAAGUGCACCAGCAGUGAGAGCGGGGAGACCCCGGACUGGCCGUACUACAAAACAAUCGAGAAGAUUCUCUCCAAGCCGCUGGAAAAUGGGAGGGUGACUGCUUUUGAGUUUCAAGCUUCCUCCGCAGGUCCCUCCACUUCCUCCCAGUCGACAGAGGCCAUCAUACUCCAGCCGGAGGGGAGGGUGAUGGGCUUUCUGCCAGAAUACACGGGCUCCUCCGAUGAGAUAGAGAUGAAACAGGAGGUGGAUGACUCUCUGAGCACUGACAGUGUGCACUCACUGGACUCCAGCUCCUGUCCAACUCCAGCCAAGAAGAAGCGGGUGGACAUCAAGCUGUUGUCCAUGAAGAGGAAAAAGCUGAAGGUGAUGCAGACCAUGCUGCAAGAGCAGCGCAGAGCGAGCCGGGCCGUGGAAGAGAUGUGCAGGGAGGUGCGCCGGGCCAUGCAACAGCAGAACUUCCUGCAGGUCCAGUGUCUUCAGCUGCAGGAACGUAUGAUGAACCUCCUGGAGAAGAUGGUCCAACCUCCCACCACUCCUGCAACCUCGUGGGGUCAGAGCGGGCACAAAGACUCGGGGAAGGCAUGAAGGGUCGGAGGGUUCAGAUCGGGUCCCCCACAGUCUGACUGUGC